CUAAAACUCGCGGCUGCGCGGAUGAAUGAACGUGAGAUACGACUCACGCCGUACUUACAGGGCGAGGGUGAGAAUUAAACUUUCGCCCAGUAUCCAAUCAACCCUUUCGCGAGUGGAUUAGCUCGAAAAGUUUCUCGAUGGAACUAACGGUGCCGUGUAAUUUCACCUUUCGCCUACUUUUUCUACCCAAUUCCCGUUUACAAACGUAUUUACAUUCAGACAAUUUUCAUCGCGAAUUCUUUAUAUGUACCUUUUGUAGCGUUUAAACGCGAUAGAUGUUUCUCGCCUGUUUUAAAGAAUGUAACGGACGGAGCAAUAUUCGUUAACGAAUCAGGUUCGCUACGUUUUACGACGACAAGUUCACGAUUCCCAGCAGUUGGAGCCGAGCUAGUUUAAAAUUAAACCGAAGCCAGUCAGUAUAGAAAAAGAAUUUUCUUACGUAGAUUACGACCCCAAUUAGUCGAGACGUUUUUAACAACUGUGCUCGAUAAAAUUCGUUGGGACGGGCUUUAAUGUACCUCUUCGAAAUGUGUCAAUGACACGAGCGUGCACGUGAUUAUCAACGAAACACGAUUAUUAUUCCAGAUCGAAGUUACGUGCGUGGUAUUGACAUUGAUAACCUUCACCGGUUCGUCGAGCAAUGCCUUAUGAAUUUUCAUCAGUCGCGUAUUGUAUUUAAAAAACAGGGCUCGCAACACGGCUGCUUAACAACACCUUUUAAAAAAGUUAUUCGCUUGUGUGCGCAACGCGAUAAUAGCAGACAGCUUGUCGUUUCCGUAUAAAAUAUAGCGACCUCGGGCAAACAUUGGAAAAUCUGGUAAAAUCUGAAUAGAAUCUUCUCUCUUGACGUAGCUCUAUCAUAAGUUCCAUCGUUCCUUGGUAUAAUAAACACCGAUCGUUACGAUUCGAAACAAAAGCGCGGUUCAACAAUACGGAAAACGGUGAACGUUAUUCGUCGAAUAUCUUUUCAUCGCGUCCGGAAGUUUACCUUUUAUUCGCGGAAGAUCGAAACGGCUAGAUCAUUAACAUACGACCCAGUUAGGCGACGACAAGCGUUUCUUCAACGAUUGUUUCUACAUCUGUUCAAACAACUUGACGCCAUAUGCGAGCUUACAAUUCCCCGGCUCGAAGAUAUCUACGGCAAUGAUUUCGUAUGGUCGAUAAACGAGCGCGAACGAAGGCUGGCAUAAUCGAUAGAUUGUCGUGCAUAAGAGAAUUCAAAAUAUUGGCUUCGCGCCAGAGGUGACGGCGACAAGCACGAAAACGAAGACGAAGACAGGGAAAUGUAACGUGGCCAAAAUAAGCACGCGGGCCCAGCAAAAAGACGAGCGUAUUCGGUCGCGUAGAGCACGUUCUACGAGAACAUCCUCGUUCGCUUCUGGAUCUGAAGAAGACGGAAAGCUGUAAUAGAAAAUGAAAGAAGCGUGUCGACAAACAAUUCGAGCCGGGAUGCAAUUUCGAAUCGGAAGAUAGUUAACGUGUAAACUGGAUAUCAUGGAAAUGUUACGUCGAAUCGAGCCCCAUUGAUUUCACAUAUUUUCUCGUCGGUAAUUGACUUUGAACGGUGCUCCAUGGAGUCUGGAUCAACGAUGACGAAGAACCAUCGUGACAAUGGAUUGACGAGGCAGAACGAGACGUACUCUAGGAAAGAUUCGUUUACCAGUGAAACGAAACGCAACAUCGGAGACACCGCGUCACUGGUCAACGUGCAAAGAAACAUUAGCCAAGGAAGAGGUGAAAUUGUCGAUAGCAGUUGGCGGGUAAACGGUGUCCAGGCGAGCCGAAUAAAGUGCAGUUCCUCCGUAAAGGGCACCGGCUGCAUCGUGAACAACGGUCUAGUUGCCUCUAGGGGUGAACUUGCUCGAAAUAGCUGCACCAAGAGAAAGACGCCGGCGCCGUGCGUCGUUAACGAGAAGAGCAACGCGGUCGUCGACGCGAGUUACCGCGCCAAACGACCGGAUCGCUUUCUCGAAGAAGAGUUUUUAGGCAAACGAUUCUCUCUGGAGACAGCAAGAUCGACGACGGCUUUCAGAAAUCCUCAUCGAGCCAUCCCCAAGUCGUUUUCUCUUCCAGACGAUCUACGAGAAGGUAUCUCCGCGGCACAGGGAAAAGGACGAAGGCCCUUCGACAACGGUAUUUUAAAAAGGUCUUCCGCGUUUCUGGCGAACAUCGCACAGACUGCUUGUCGCGUCAGGGAGAAGAAAACUAGCGACAAUCGCGCGAAAUCAUCGAAUGUCAGAGGAUACUUUACGAUUUUGAACAGCGUAACCAACGACUUUGAGUCUCUUUAUCGUUCGCCGAGCGUUCAAACGCUGCCAGUCGAACGGAAGAAGAAGAAGAACGGUGUUCGAGUGAAGAAAUCAGUGUCCUUCAGUUCUGAUACCAGCUUCGAGGAGAAACGGGCACCGUACAGGAGAACCGGGGCCGUUCACGAGGUCAAGGCCUAUCACAAGGGUGUCCUGCAAGAUCAUAGCGAGGCUGAUACGAUCGUCAGAAAAGUGCCGUCCUCGUGGGAAACGAACAACGAGGGCCGUUCGGCCCUACUCAGAGCUGCCAGGGAUGCCGACGACGCGGCUCUCAACGAGAUUACCCUUAGGGUGGGAAAAUUUGGAUUCGGUGAUAUGGAUGUUAACGUGGCUGACAGCAGCGGCAGGACCGCCAUAAGCUACAUGGCUGGAAACGGAACGUCGACAAUGUUGGAGCUAGCUUUGUCGUUCGACGGGGUGGAUCCCAAUACUCCCGACAACGAGGGCAACACGCCCCUGCACUUUGCCGCGCAGGCGGGCCAAACAGACUGUUUGAACAUACUGCUACAAAGGUGCCCGGAGAUCGAAGUCGACGCUAGAAACGCGUCGGGUUUCACCCCGUUGAUGAAGGCUGCCCUCCAAGGAAGAACAAAGUGCGCAAAAAUUCUCUUGUUUGCCGGCGCGAAUCCAACUCUAAGAGAUCACGGGAGAGGGCUGAGGGCAGAACAAUGGGCCAGAUUUUGCGGAAGAUACGUUUGCGCCGAAGUGAUCGAAAGAUUCGCCAGGCAUAGACUCCUGGAGAGAUCAACGUCGUGUAGAUGGGGCAGCGAACCUGAACUAGCGGCGAAAGUGCUGCAAGGAAAGGUGAUGCCGAUUCCUUCGACUCCACUGUCGCCACCGUCUUCAGGGUUCAAGUCGAAGAUAAGGAAAGUUUUCCGCACCACUUCUGGACCAGAUAGAAAUUUCUCCUUGGUUUCCCAAUUGACCAGUGCCGCACUUUGCGCAAGCAGUCCCGCUUUGCCGAAAUCGAGCGAAGUCCCUCCAGUAGUUAAAAGUCUUCUUCGACCUCUGAGCGUCCCUCAGUUAAGAGUGACGCUGGUUUCGCCGCAGGAUUUCCUCGACCAAUCAAAGGACAAGUACGGAUCAAAUUUCGCGGAAAAGAUCGAGAACACGGUCGCGAAACAAUCGUCGCGAACGAAAAAAAAGAAAUAAAUAGACCAAUUUUCAAUAUCCUUCCUCGUUGUUCGAUACUGCUACAGUUCCUAUUCGAUUCGCGUAACCUUGUCAUGGUCGAUGGAAUUACCGUGGACUCGGUACGAUCAAGUAACGAUCGAACUUAUAUUUUUCGUCUACGAUAUGGGUAGACGGUAGGAAACAGAGAAGAAGAUGGAAUCACGUAGCUCGAAAGCCAAGAAUACCAAAGAAACGAACUGGAGUUACGAUGACUCAGAGAAUCGUGCAAAGAAAUCGAUGUAAUAGUUUCUAAGCGAUUCUAAAUAAUCAUCUGUCGAGUUCAGACGAGAAACAUUCGCUGCAAGAUUUUUAAAUUUACGACGUUUUAAGCGUGCCGGUGGAUAAGGCGAUAUUUUGUAUCUCUGUAUAACAAUAGUUGAACGAACUUUUAAAUAAACUUCUUGAUAUUAAAAA